ACUUAGACGAGCAGUGGUUUGCAUCGCGCGCAGUCUAUUUGGCAGAGAAAUAUAUAAAGGAUAUAUACACACAAAGAGUUUUGCACACUUUAUUGAACGUGUUAAUUGCAAUUGCGAUGUCAGCAACUAUGAAAUACAUUUUCGCCGGUCUGUGCCUGCUGCUGAGCACCUGUAAUAUCAGAGCACAUCAGCAUCAAGCCUUGCAGUGCUGGCAUUGCAGUUCGGCCACCGUUGGCUCCGAUGGCUUUUGUGGUGUCACCUUCCAGGAGGACAACAUACCCUAUGAGCAACUGAAGGAGAGCAACAGCAAUCCGCUGCGCACCUGCAAUAGCAGCAUUAACUCCGAUCACGAGCGUCCUGUUUGCCGCAAAACUGUGGAUGAAACUAACGAUGGCAAACUCAUAACCAAACGCUUUUGCUACUACACCAACAAAUCGGAUCCUGUGGAGCUUUGCAACAUGACCAAACCCGACAACAAUAUGCGCCGAAUAUUCUGCGAGGAUUGUCUAUCAGAUCGUUGCAAUGGCUCCGCACGUCUGGCUGCCAUUUUGGCUGCCAUUUUGCUGCCCUCAUUAGCCGUGGCACAUUACUUGGCCAUCUAAGCAGCGAGGCGCGCUGCAAUUUCAAGCUCUAUUUUAAUUUGAAACGUGAUAUUUUGUUUAGCUACGCAAGCAGCUGAUUUAUAGUUUAUAUUUAACUUAGUUUAGUUGUAGUUUGAGCUCUUUUAUACUUUAGUAUAGUUUGCAUACCGUUUGACUUUAUUGUUUUUAACUAAAUUCUUAAAUGUAGUAAACAAUUUUUCAGCUAAUAGCAAAGCUCUGUCUCCCCACAAACAAGGUAUACUGCAAAAUACAAUAUAUAAAUAUUUUAAUCAUGUGAAAGAAUAUAAAGUAAACUACAUAUAUGACCAUACUAUAUAUAUUUAAAUUCAAUGUAAUUACCACAGUUGCACGCAUAAACAAAGAGACACCAGAAAAAAUAAAGUUCAUAAACUAUGUGAAUGUA